GAAAACCCUUAAACCCUCGUCGUCUUCUCAACUCUGCGGAUUCUCGCGCAAUGGGCGAUUCAAUUCAUUGGAUAAAGCACGUCGAGCUGCACGUCAAUUCCUCCGCCACUCCGUCCCAGCAGGUUGCUAGUGUGGAUGCGGUUGCUGCUCUGUUAAAGAAUGAUUUGUUGACUCUAGAAGUACUUGUUAGGGAAAUGGAGCUGUAUUUGACCACGACAGACAAUAUUAUCCGCUCUAGAGGAAUUCUUUUCCUUGCUGAUGUCGUGGCACAGCUAACCUCCAAGCCCUUAAGUGACACAACAAUACACAGUCUUAUAGGAUUCUUUACAGAAAAACUGUUUGUGUAUCAGGCAGAUUGGAAAGCAUUGCGUGGAGCAAUUGUUGGUUGCUUGGCAUUGUUGAGGAGAAAAAAUAUUGUUGGAAUGGUAAAUGAAUGUGAAGCAAAGGCUGUUGCUCAGUCAUAUCUCCAACAUCUAGAGGUGCAGUCCUUGGGACACUAUGAUAGGAAGCUAAGCUUUCAACUGAUGGAAUGCUUAUUAGAUCGUUACUUUGGUGCAAUUCAAGAUUUGGCGGAUAACCUUGUGCAUGGAAUCUGUGAAGCCAUUGAUGGGGAACGAGAUCCUCGAUGCUUACUUUUAGUAUUUCGUAUUGUGGAAACUGUUGCUAGAGUAUAUCCUGGGGAUUCUGGUCCUUUAGCAGAUUAUGCUGAGGAGCUGUUUGAAAUUUUGGGCCAAUACUUUCCUAUCCAUUUUACACAUCCAAAAGGUGAAGAUAGUGGGAAGAGAGAGGAGCUGUCAAAGGCAUUAAUGAUGGCAUUUGCUGCUACGCCUCUUUUUGAACCGUUUUCCAUUCCAUUGCUCCUAGAAAAACUAUCUUCGUCUCUACCAUUGGCAAAGGCAGAGUCAUUGAAGUAUCUUAGCUUUUGCAUAACAAAAUAUGGAUCUGAGAGGAUUGCAAAACAUGCUGGAGCCAUUUGGUCUUCCAUAAAAGAUGUAACAUAUAUUAACCCUCAUUCUACUCUGUCACAAGAGUCUGAGCCGGACGGAAUGGGUUUUCAGGACAGCGAUAUCAUGAUGCAGGCUUAUGCAUUGCUGCAAGAAGUUAGUCGGGAAUGUGUUGAUUUCAUAAGUUUAGUUAUAGGUGACAAAGACAUAGAUCUUUUUAUGAAUUCAUUAGAUCAGUAUAAAGACAUUGGUGGCAUUUCUCUACAAGACAAACAGAGAUUACAUGUAGUCUCUCGUAUUCUGUCCACUUGUGCUAAAUCCUCUAUUCUGCUAUGCAAUAAGGUUUUUGAGAGUUUCUUUCAACUCCUUGUGAAUAGUUUGGGCCUUUCAGUUGCACAGCAAUUCGAGAAUAACCAUCUGGAUGAGAAUUCAUUUUGUCCGGACAAACCCAACUUUGGUGCGCUUUAUCUCUGUGUGGAGCUUCUUGCAGCCUGCAGAUGCUUGAGUGUGUCCCUUGACAAUUGCACAUCACACCCAGAAUUUUCUCAUCAGAUAUGCUAUUCCAUGGUUACCUGCAUUUUGAAAUUACUGAUGAAGGUCUUCAUUUCCCUCUUAAGAUCAGAUAUUGCAGAUAAUGAGAAGAAUGGGUAUCUUUUCUAUGGAGUUAAGGGCUUGCAAAUUCUGGCCACAUUUCCAGGAAGCUUCCUCCCUGUACCCAAAGCAUUGUAUGACAAUAUUCUGUUAGAGCUUGUGUCAAUUGUUGCUUCUAAUGGCAAUCAGAUAGCCCUGUGGAAAUUGUCGCUGAAGGCAUUAGUAGAGAUUGGUUUCUUCAUUGAUAAGUAUCCAGAUCAUGAAAAAGUUGCCAGCUUUCAAGUGGUGGUUGUGGAAAAGAUUGUAUCCUUGAUGUCUUCCUACGAUUUGGCUAUACCUAUAUCUCUCAAAUUGCAAUCAGCUUUCGAAAUUGGAAUGACAAACAAGGAUUUUAUGCUGAGAGUUGCCUGUGGCCUCGAGCAAUCUAUAUAUACAAAUAUUUCUGCAGCUCUACUUGAUGAGAACCAGGUGACUGUUGAACUAACUGCCAAGCUUCUUGAUACUUAUUCCCAAAAGGUGAUUCCGUGGUUUAUUGAGGUUGGAGGUUUGGAGGAAAUUCCACGGAAAUUUGCUCUUAACAUCUGGGACAAAAUUGAAAACGUUAUGUCAAUGUCCCACACUCCACUUAAAAUCAGCAGUGAUCUUCUUGUUGCUACAAUGAAUGCAAUGAAGAAUGCUGUUGCUAGUUGUUCAGAGAGAAGCCAGGAGAUGAUAAUAAAAAAGGCUUUAGGUGUAAUUUCUUCUGGUUCUAGUAUUGGGUUGAAGAGAUCCAGUUCUGGCUGUUGUAUUCUAAAAGAGGAAUCGUCACACCAAACCCCCAGCGGCAAUCCUCUUGUAACAAGUGAAUGGGUCACUUCAUUAUUUGCUUCCGUUGUUAUUGCUCUCCGCCCUCAAACAAGUAUACCGAAGGGAAAAAUGAUUCUACAGAUAUUCAUAACAAGCCUCCUGGAUGGCCAUAUACCUUCAGCUCAUGCUUUGGGUUCUUUGGUCAACAAGUUACCCUCGGGAACCAUGGAAAUGAAUACAUCUGAAAUUCUUGAUCUGAAUGAGGCAUUGGACAUGAUUUUUCAUAUUUACUCAGGGACUUCCUGUAACAGUGUUCCUCCGGGUAAUGAUUACAGUGGGAUUAAUCUCAGUUGUUUAAGAUUGAAGACUGCAACAGUCCAUUCAUUGACGAACUAUAUUAUUGGACUAGCAUGGAUUGGUAAAGGGUUACUUAUGAGAGGUCAUGAAAGGCUAAAAGAUAUAACAAUGACUUUGCUAGGUUUUGUGAUGUUCAAUCAUGAAUCUGAGGUCUCAAAACAGUUUGAGAAUGAGAUCAAUGUUUAUGAUGAGAAAGAUGUGCAUCAGCUGAUGCAGUGUGCAGGGGAUGCAUUUCGAGUCAUCAUGAGUGACUCUCUAGAAUGUUUGAAUCGAACAUACCAUGCCCAUAUGAAGCCGCUCUACAAACAACACUUCUUCUGCACUAUCAAACCAAUUUUGUUAUCUUUAGUGGUUAACACUAAAUCAUCAUUGAUUAGAUCUAUGCUAUAUAGAGCCCUUGCACAUGUUGUGAUUGAGACACCUCUGAUUGCUAUUCUUGGAGAAGCAAAAAAGCUUGUCCCUGCAUUACUUGGUUGCUUGUCGCAACUGAAGGAUGAUGCAUCGGUGAAGGAGAUCAUCUACAGUAUUUUACUCAUUGUAUCUGCUAUAUUGGUGGAGAAAAUUGGACGUGAAGCUGCCGUAGAAAAUGCCCCUGGUAUUGCUAACCAACUUAUUGAACUAACAACCUAUUCGCAUAAGAUGGCUGUUCGAGAGACAGCAUUACAGUGCCUUGUUGCUAUGUCCGAACUUCCCCAUUCCAGAAUUUACCCCUUGAAAAAACAGGUAUUGCUCGCCGCAUCGAGGGCACUUGAUGAUCCUAGGCGAAGUGUUCGUUGCGAGGCCUGUAAAUGCCGACGAGCUUGGGAUUCAAUUGCAUAAAUGUUUCAAUUCCAAAGAAUCAUUUGCCCAUCAUAAGUUAUAUAUGGAGCCAUUGUCCUGUGCCUUGAAAGUCCAUCUUCACACUAACUUUGUGCAGAAUUUUUGUAAAUUUUAAUUUUAAUGUUAAUAUGUUGGUGGAAGAUGAUGUCCAGACCUUGAAAUAAUAUCCUUGUCUUGAUAUUUUAGUGUCUAUGAAUAUACUCCCUCCGUCCAACAUAAAUUCUCUAUAUUUUUAUUUUCGCAAUUUUUAUAUAAU